AUGGGCAUUAUCAAGUUAACCUCUCUGUUAGGGCUAUUUUCCUAUGCCGUUGCAGGCCCUGUUUGGUCAAAUUCCAGCCUCGAUGCUCGGGCCACAUCUUCAAAGUCGGUCAUCAUUCAAAUGUUUGAAUGGACUUGGGAUAGCGUCGCAGCAGAAUGCACCAGUUUUAUUGGUCCUGCCGGCUAUGGUUUCGUCCAAGUCAGCCCUCCCCAGGAACACAUUACCGGCUCUCAAUGGUGGACUGAUUACCAACCUGUCUCCUAUAUUCUAACUUCCAAGCGCGGUAACCGCUCUCAAUUCCAAAACAUGAUUGCGACAUGCCAUGCUGCUGGUGUUAAAGUUAUUGCAGAUACCAUUUUCAACCAUAUGGCUGGAGUCGACUCCGGAACGGGGGUGGCUGGAAGCUCUUUCACCCAUUACGUCUAUCCUGGAAUUUAUCAAAAUCAGGACUUCCACCAUUGCGGACUCGAGCCAGGGGACGAUAUUGUCAACUACGAUAACCGCCUUGAAGUCCAAACAUGUGAAUUGGUUAACUUAGCCGAUCUUGCAACAGAUACGGAAUACGUUCGAUCGCGUCUGGCGCAAUACGGGAACGAUCUCUUGUCACUCGGUGUGGAUGGUCUUAGGCUCGAUGCUGCAAAACAUAUUGCUGCCACCGAUCUUGCAAACAUCGUUUCCAGACUCUCUCCUGCUCCUUACAUCACCCAAGAGGUUAUUUGGGGAGCUGGGGAACCUAUACAGCCUUCGGAAUAUACGGGGAUUGGAGAGGUACAAGAAUUUAGGUACACAACCGCUCUCAAAAAUGCUUUUUCCGGAGGAGGCAUUUCGAGUUUGCAGAACCUCGACAAUCAAGGUUGGGUCUCUGGAUCGCAGGCAAAUGUAUUCGUAUCGAAUCACGAUACUGAAAGAAACGGGGAUUCGUUAAACAUCAACUCUCCCUCUAAUACAUACAUUACUGCUACUAUAUUUUCGCUGGCCCACCCUUACGGAAGACCCACCAUCCUAUCAAGCUUCUCCUUUUCAACAACAGACGAUGGAGCUCCUAAUGGAGGAUCGGGGACAUGUAGUGCAACAGGAGGCUCUGCAGGAUGGCUCUGCCAACACCGUUUCGUCGCAAUAAGCGGUAUGGUAGGGUUCCGCAACAAUGUCGGAACAGCAGCUCUUACCAAUUGGGUUUCUCCUCAAUCUGAGCAAAUCGCCUUUGGACGGGGUGCUCUUGGAUUCGUAGCAAUUAAUAAUGCAGAUUCCACAUGGAGCUCCACCUUCACUACGUCUUUGCCUGAUGGAUCUUACUGCGAUGUGAUUAGUGGAAAGUCAUCUUCAGGACUGUGUACUGGCACUGGGAUAACUGUCUCGGGUGGGGCAUUCACUGCCACAGUACCCGCACGCAGUGCUAUUGCCAUUCACACCGGUGCACUCGGUGCAGGCUCAGUUGCGACCGUUCCGACACCAUCUGGAAGUGUUGCCGUAUUAUUCCAGGAAACUGCAACCACAACGUUUGGACAGAAUAUUUUUCUUGUUGGGAGCAUUUCCCAACUUGGGUCAUGGGCGCCUGCUUCGGCUAUUGCUCUUUCUUCAGCGUCGUAUCCAGUGUGGACUGUGACGGUAUCUCUACCUGCAGGAACAACCUUCCAGUAUAAAUUUAUCAGAAAGAAUACUGAUGGAAGUAUCACCUGGGAAUCAGAUCCAAAUCGCCAAGCAACUGUUGGAAACUCGGGAACGACGACGCUAACGACAUCUUGGAGAUGA